UUAUCGACGAGCAACACAACCGGGACGGGUUUAUGGUGCCGCCGUCUGCUAUGGGCGUGACCACAAGCCGGAAGCUGAUACUCCGUCGCGAGGAAGCAACCGCCGACGGAGGCGAUUCGUUCCCCUUUCGUACACCACUCCUCGGCCCGGUAUCUGCAUCUCCUUCUCCGAUAAAGAAUUCCUCCGGUGCUACAAUUCCACACGUCUGGUGCGUCGAUCGAUUCCUUGUCGGAUCAAAUUCUCCUUGCGUUUAUUUUACCUCUCAUCAGUCUGGGGGCUCUCGGUCUCCAGUUACUACUUGUUUGGCUUUUUGUUCGGUCUCCUGGGGCUCUGUCGCCGCCCAUGGCCAAGCGGCGGAGUAGAUUCGCUUUUGCUUGGUUCGGCUGCUUCGUUGGUCAAGCUCGGGCGAAGAAGAUGGCAGAGGAUGGGUACCCGGUGAAGCUGCACAUCUAUGAUCUCAGCCAGGGGAUGGCUCGGCAGCUUUCAGCGACAAUCCUCGGCAAGGCCAUUGAGGCAAUCUGGCACACCGGCGUGGUCGUCUACGGCCGCGAGUACUACUUCGGCGGCGGCAUCCAGGAGGGCCAGCCCGGCCGGACGCCGUACGGCACGCCCAUCCGGGUGGAGCACCUCGGCGUGACCCACGUCCCCCGGGAGGUGUUCGAGGACUUCCUCCGCGAGAUCGGCCCCCGCUACACGCCGGCCACCUACAACCUCCUCAACCACAACUGCAACAACUUCAGCGACGAGGCCGCUCAGUUCCUCGCCGGCGCCAGACUCCCCAGCUACAUCCUCGAGCUGCCCAAGGAAGUGAUGAACAGCCCCAUCGGCGCGCUCAUAAUGCCGAUGAUCCAGGGGCUGGAGACGAGCCUGCGAGCCGGGGCCGUGCCGCAGCCGCCGCAAAUCAGGCCGGCUUCCGCCCCGGUUGCCGCCGCGGCCGCCGCCGCGACGCAGCCAUCCGCGAACGACGUCGAGGCAAGGUCGCCCGCUGCUGACGAACCGGAGGCUCCGUCCGCGAACGACGUCGUGGCGAGAUCGCCCGCUGCUGACGAACCGGAGGCUCCGUCCGCGAACGACGUCGAGGCGAGACCGGUUGCCGCCGACAAACCGGAGGCUGGCGAAACGCCGGGCAACGGCGAUGACGGUGGCAGCACGGCGGUUCCACCCGCGGUGCAGCCCGCGGCAGGCGCCGCCCACGCCCAGGUGAGCGCGGCGCCUGCAGCGGUGGCGACAGAGGCGGCGGCUGCGGCGCCUCCGGACCCCCUGGCGGAGGCGAAGAGGCGGGUGCAGGAGGAGAUAAAGCGGGAGUUCGCGGCCAUCAUGGCGGCCGGCACGGCGCGGGCCGGCGAGGCAGCCGCCCUGUCCACGCGCCGCGUCAUGGAGCGGCACGGCCUGCAGCGCGCCGCGCAGCGAGGGUAGGCCUAGGUAGCGCGGGUGCUGUCGGCCCUGUCUCAUUGCCCGUUAAAUUACUCUUUCAAAAAAUCGUUGAUGGUCGUUUGCCUAGGAUUUCUGAUUUCUGAAGGUUGUCUGCUGAUCUGCUGCUGAAACAGCAGAUGAUAGCCAAAGAUGGUUUGGCGACAGUGAUCA